CUCAUAUCCACCAGAAAGAACCAAAGGGUGGAAGGCACUAUCAAAUUUGAAGCGGUGUAGCUUGAUAAUGGUGAUGCCUCGAGCCUUGUUGGUGCUGUGCGCGGCGGUGGUUCUUUUGUCGGACUUUCCGGGUGUCAGUGUCAGCGCGGGAUUGAUGUCGCCGCUGCGGCAGCUGGGGGAGGAGGUAGUGAAAGUGCACAUCAAGGCGCACCAAAAGGAGGAAGCUUCGCAGCCCAAGCACCACGACGCCACCCCGUCGAAAAAGCACGCGCACAAACACCAUGCGAAGGAAGGAGAGGAGAAAACAACGGAAAGCGGCGAAACUGUGCGUAGCUAUGACCAUGGUACCGUCCGAAUCGAGUCGAAGGGCGCUAUGGCUGGGAAGAAGCUCACGAAGAGUCAUCAGAAGAAAGCGCCCGCCAAGAAGGAGCAAACGGACGAGACUGUGGUCGAGUACAGUCAUGGAACCGUCAAAAUCUCGGGCACGGAGACGACAGAUGGCGAGACGACGGACAAGACCAAGAAGGAUGUCACGCCAGACGAGAAGGAGGUCACUAGCACGGCUAACAAGGUCAAUGAGCUCGUGACAAAGCUCAGCAGCACUGACUCAACCGAACACAAGUCGUUCAUUGAAGCGUACGGUCCUGUGGUUGUCAUCUGCGGAAUCAUUGGCGGUCUGGCGGCAAUCGUCGGCGUCGUUGGCCUUGUGAUGGGCCAACCGCAGUCGAACGACGAUAACUUGGAUUCGGUCUUGAGUGCUUCAGACCUGGAUGUUGAUGUUGAAGCCAAUGCCACAUCGUCUGGAGUGCAGAAUCCUACCGAUGAAGAUCUUCUGGGCGAUUCAAACUCAAAACCCGUCGACGAUGAGGAAGAAGAGGAAGGCACCUUUGCCAACGGCACAGCUCACGUGUCCGUGUAAGGCAAAACUUACGAGUCACUCGCCCACUAGCGCAGGGGUGCAUGUGUUUGUGAUAGUUUCUUUUUAGCUUUCAGCCUGCGGUUUCUUUAUGAUAUUUGUGGGUCUGCGUAGCAGAACCAGUUAAGUCUUAUCGUUGACAGUGUUUGGCGUUUGUUCUCCGUCGAUCGCAACCCGAAAUAAAAGAAAGCAAGGAC